GGGGCCCGUGAAGGCGCUGCCGCCGGUGCCCCGCGCGGCGCGCGCGGACCAGCGCUGGCAAGCGGCGCGGCCGCCGCGCUUCCCAAGGAAGCCGCCGCAGGGCAAGAUGCGCCUCGUCGUGCUCACUCCGCGCUCGGGCAGAGUUGACCUCGACGUCUCGGAGGACGAGACGGGGGCCGGCCUGCGACGGAUGUUGGCCGAGAUGGGCGAGGUGCACGCUGUUCGCGGGGACACCGUGCCGCCGCCGGGCCGCGAGAAGGCUGCGGUCGACGCCGCGGAGGCAGACGCGCGGCUGCUGUUCAGGGCGGUUGUGGUGAAGUUAGAGGCGCCGCUGCGCGAGAUGGGCGUGGGGGACAACAGCCCCGAGGUAUGCUCAUGA